GAGGUUUUAGAGAGUGCCGUUAAAGAUGGCGGAGUGUGAGGAGGAGGUGGACGUUUUGGUCCAGAGAGUUGUCAAAGAUAUAACAAACGCUUUCCAGAAGAACCCCAACAUUGAUGAAAUUGGGGUGAUAACAUGUCCUGAGGCGCGCUACAACCGCAGUCCCAUUGUGCUGGUGGGGAAUAAGCUCGGGGUGGAAAGCUGGUGUGUGAAGUUUCUGCUGCCAUACGUCCACAACAAACUGCUGCUCUAUCGCCAACGGAAACAGUGGCUGGACAGAGAUGCUUUAGUAAAUAUCACAUCGACUCUGCUGCUACUCAACCCAGACUUCACUACUGCCUGGAAUGUCAGGAAGGAGCUGCUACAGUGUGGAGUGCUGUGUCCACAGAAGGACCUUUACCUGGGGAAGUUGGCUCUCACCAAAUUUCCUAAGAGCCCUGAAACUUGGAUCCACAGGCGCUGGGUCCUUCAGCAGCUCAUGCUGAGUCGACAGAAGCAACAGGGGGUGCCAGAGGCUGAUGCUGACAGAAUCCAGCAGCUGAGUGAGCAGGCGGCGCAGACGGUUCAACAGGAGAUGAGAGUUUGCACAGAUGCAGCCAGCCGGUAUCCUAGCAACUACAACGCCUGGUCCCACCGCAUCUGGGUCCUGCAGCACAUGGCCAAAGGCAACAUCAAGUUCCUCCAUGAUGAGCUGGCCUCCACCCGCCCUUGGGUGUCCAUGCACGUGUCCGACCACAGCGGCUUUCACUACAGACAGUUCCUGAUACAGCAGCUGCUCACAGAGCUUUCUCCACCUCAGGCCCCCAGCAGCACUAAGGUCAAUAGAGGUCCAGCCGGACAUGGCCUGGACACUGAGGAGCUCAGCUCUCUGCUCCAGCUGCUCCAGGAGGAGAUGGAGCUGAGCUCUGAUCUCAUCCACACUUUUCCUGGACACGAAUCCCUCUGGUGCCACAGGCGACACGUCUUCUAUGUUUGGCAGAGCUGGUGGAGAGAGCAGCAGCUGAGCCAGAGCUCCUCUGUGAUGUCAGAGUCUAAUGGAGCACAGUGUGAGGAGUCUGUUCAGGGACACAGGGCGUCAGGGGAGGCUGUGGAGGAGGCGCUGCCUCUGCCUUUAGCCCAGGAGAGGAAGCGUCUGAAGAGGGCAGUGCUUGGUUUACCAUCUGUGCCCUCGGAGCAGAGCUUUGUGAGCGUGCUUCUCGAUGGCUGCUCCUGCCCCCAUCAGAGACGCCUGGCUCUGGCCUACAGGAGGUGGCUACAUACAGUGCUCCAACUACAGCUCUAACUCUCCUGCAGACCCCUUUAGAUAUGAAUUUGAAUCAAGAUCCCACUCACCACAAGUGUAGUCGUAUGUCACUCCCACCAGGACCACGCCCCCUGGUGUUUAAGUGCGUGAGUGACCCUGUAGUGAGCUGGUCUAAGGGCUGCAUUAGUUUGAUGAUGGGAUCUGUCUCUGUCUUCAUGAACUAUUAACAUUUUUGUGCACAUUAGUCUUCUACAAAUUCUUCAAACCUCACAUCUGCCUCUGGAACCUUCUUCAGAAGCAGGGGACACUUCAUGUUUGUUUGUUGGAUUUGAUUCUCGUACGUGGGAUAGUUUGGGUGGCACUGUGGACUCUUUGUCCACUGGGUAUCUGUUAUUCAAAUGUUUGUCUUGGGUGUAGAACAGGUACUUAAAGUCUAUUAUACAUUUUACCAUGUUAUUAUCCUAAUUUUAAGGCAGUUAUUAACCUCUUGGGUUUGAAAGAAGUUACAAAAAGCUAAUAUAUUGUUCUUGAAAACUACCUAUGAAAUAGUAGAGAACCAGACCAGUGCGAGGUCAAGUGUUCUGUGGGGGUUUGAAUGGAGUGUACACAUAACAUCAUACUCUGGUAGUAGCUCAUGUUACAAUGUUGAUGAUGCUAUAUUCUAAAGUAUUCCAGAACAUUCUCAAAACUAGACCACAGUCAUGAGUUUGCACCUGUUGCUUUUCCUGCAUCGUUCCUUUAUCAACACCUUAGGGCACUUCCAGAAAAGUUACUAUUUACAUUUAUUCUGAUAUGAAUUCAAGUAUUGCUAAGUGAUUUGAGAAGAAAAAAAAUCAAAUUAUUUUCUUGAGAAACAUCACGAUCGUGAUUAGAUUUUUAGGAACUUUUUCAGAAACAAUCGUACUAAUUUUACACUUGUAUUUGGGUGCAGGGCAGUUCAUGUCUCUCAUGAUCCCACCUAUUGGACAUGCAGGGUCAUUACACUUUAGUCUUCUACAACAAGCACAGUGGACUCAACCUCCUGUGUCCAACCAACCAAAGAGCGCGUUCACACAUCACUGGCAUUCUGCGCCCACAGGGACCUGCCCAGGCCUGUCACUACCAUCAGCUUUGAAUCAAUAAUAUAUUUGUUAAUUAUAAACAAUAUUAAUGAAGACCACUUUAUACCACCAACUCAGUAAGAUUCCAUAUAGCAUUUGUAGCUACUAAUGUUGUCAAACUGAAUUUCGAUACUAAGAAAUAGACUUUAUACUCCUGAUUCUGAUACCACGACGAUAAUAAAAAUGAAUAGAAUCUCAAUUUUCAACAUUAAAUAUAUUACCUCAUGUACCAUGUGAGUAUCUAGUUUCAAUACAAGCUUUAGUAUUGUAUCUUAUCUGAUUUUCACCAUAGAAAUGCCAGUUAUACAAUGAUACAGAUUAAAAAUAAGUAGGCUAUCUUGUUCCAUAACUAAUAUUGAACGCGAAAUCUAUUUAAAAUGUCAUGUACUGAACAGAACUUUGGUACAGUAAUCAUUAUUGUGACAGGCCUAGACUUGUCCUGUAUCCUUUUUGGCUUAUUCAAAUAUUUGGAUGUUACUUUACUGUUUACACAUUCACUUUUGUGUAUUGUGCUUCAAUAACAUCACAGGAAAACCACUGUAUACAUGACUAGUACUGACCUGAUUAAAGUGAGUAUUUUGAGCCAUGUGAAACGCUGAUUAAACAGGUGUGGACAUAGGCUUUUGAGGAGUGAGGCCAGGAUCGCUCCAUCCACAACACAAAUAACUAUGCAGAAGUGUUACUGAGAUUCCACAUGAUUUUAAACUCAAAUGUAGCUUGUACAUUUGUCCUUUUUAUUCUCAAAGUGUCUUCAGUGACUAGUCCUCAUCUCACUGAGUCUCAUAAUAAAGACAAUUAGGAUACAGCUG